CUUACCUCAUCUUGGUAUCAAUAAAAACUUAUGUGGAAGGUAAAUAUGUUGUUCCCCAUCCUCCACAUAACACUCUCCCCAACACAUACACACACACACUCCUUGUACCCCUUGCCCUUCUUCCAGCUCAUUGCUCCAGGAGAGAGAAGAGUUCAAAAAAUAAAGUAAUCAUAAACUUGAACUCUCUCCAUUCUCUUGUUCCCAUUCACAGGUGAAUCUCUUCCUUUAAGCCAUUUUUGUCUCCUGUGAAUACAGCCUUAUCUCCACCUGUUCCUUAGAUCCCAUCUCCCCUGGCUUAUUUUUUCCAUUCAUUACCCUCUUUGUUCCCUUUACUUCUCAACCUGUGCUAUAUACAUGCUGUUCUCUCUGUUGAGAUUGCCUUAUUUCCAUCUAACAUUCUCUUUCCUGCUAUUCUGAUUUGUCAUUCACAACUGAGUUCAAGAGUCACCUUCACCAGGAAGUCUUCCAUGACCACCAUCAUUCCUGCCUGAUUAGAGGGCUUCCUCAUGGUAAUAUGUGUUCUCAAGUUUUCAGUGUCAAGGAAUGCCAUCCCAGAAGCUCAUUCUCAGAUGCACAACAGCCAGAACAGUCUCAAGCAGCAUUCUAGAGCUUGGAAUUUAAGAACUACUCAUUGCCUAUAAAGUGAAAUAUUGGCUAAUAUAGAUUAAAUUGAAUAUUGAAAUAACAAAUAUGUUUAUCCACAUCUUUGUAUCUCUUUGUAAUGUAACUUAGAUAUUCUGGACUCCAAACCCAAUUCUUCUUGUCAUCAAGAAGUCUAUGCUCUAUCAGUGUUCUUCUGGCCUAUAUUUCUAUGAAUCUGGGCAACGCUCACACGGUCUAGAACAUGUCCCUCUUUCUGAAAGCUGUGUCUGCUGCUGAUCCUGCUCCAAACAGUUGCCUCCUUCUUCUGCAGUCCACCAGUCCAUACAGUAACAGGAUCUCCCAAGUGGCUAUACUCCCCAAGUUGUUCAUAGGCCUGUGGACAUAGGCCUGAUCCUUAUUUCUUUUAAACUCCACUACAGGACUAUAACAUUUAAUAAGAUAUAACUAAAGGCUUGAUGUAGAGAAAAAAGUUAUAAUGAAAGGAGGAAACACUACUAAAUAUUCCUGCUAACCAUAACUAUCUUUAGAGUUAAUAAUUCUGGCCCCACCAUCAGGUAUCUUAGAGAGCUUCCUUCUCCUUAGCCCCCAUUUCAACAGCCAUGCUAUAGAGUGAUCUUUUCUGAUUCUCCUGAAUGAAACAACCCCUAAACGUGAAUGCUGGACUCAUAGAGAGUAGGAUGCAAACCCUUUGACGCCCCCAUAAAUAAUUACAUUCUUCCUGAAGAGAAAUAUAGUGUAAUAUGCAAAAUGUCACCCCACCCUUAAUGAGGAUAAGGUCUUACAUUACUCUGCAGAGAAGUUUAUGAAUCUCAAAAAUCUGAGACAGGUCUCAGUUAAUUUAGAAAGUUUAUUUUGCCAAGGUUGAGGAUGUACACCCAUGACACAGCCUCAGAAGGUCCCGACAACAUGUUCCCAAGGUGCACAGCUUGGUUUUAUAUAUUUUAGGGAGACAUGAGACAUCAAUCAAUAUAUGUAAGAUGUACAUUGGUUCCGUCCAGAAAGGAGGGACAACUCAAGAAGGGAGGGAGCUCCCAGGUCACAGGUAGGUGAGAGAAAAACAGUUGCAUUCUUUUCAGUUUCUGAUUAACCUUUCCAAAGAAGGCAAUCAGAUAUGCAUUUUCCUUAGUGAGCAGAGGGAUGACUUUGAAUAGAAUGGGAAGCAGGUUUGCCCUAAGCAGUUCCCAGCUUGACUUUUCCCUUUAGGUUAGUGAUUCUGGGGGGCCCAAGAUUUUCAAGAUUUACUUUCCUUUCACAUUUCCCUUUUCUUUUUUAAAAUCUUUAGAGAAAGCAUUUUAGAAGAAAAUGAGUCUCUGGUCUAAGGUUUCAUCUGGCCUCUCAUGGCUAAAAUGGUUUAUUCCUAGAAAGGUCCCAAGUUAUUAGGAAAGCUCAUUUUUAGCAAGUUGAGAAGUCUCAUGUCCUAUGCAGAGAAAACAGGGGGAGAGAGAAUACAAGAUCUAAAAGAACAAUCCUGGUAAAUCGAUAUAGGUCACAUUACUCUGAAGCCCAUAUAUAAGCAGGCAGGUUUGAAAGUGGCUUUAUGUAUGUAAAUAGGCUGCUGUUAUUUUCUUCUGAAGUUUAAGUUAUCUAGCAUCAGGUCACAGGGCUUUACAAAAGCAUAACUCAGUUUUCAGUGACUCCAAAUGAGGAAAAAUGAGGGGAAAAAGAAGGGAAAAAAAUGAAAACAUUAUUUCGAAAACUUGUACCCAAGAAACAUUCGAAUUCAGCCCAAACUGUAGAAAAUAAUAAAAAUUGAAAAAUAUUAGGCAAGACUAGAAUCCAACAACAGAUGUACUAUAGUUUUUGAAACAUAAUUUUUCUCUCUCCAGUUUCCCAAUUUUACUAAAGACACAUCAUGGUAGGACCGAUUUGCUUUAUUGUACUUAGCCAGAUUAUUUGUAUAAAGUGCAGCAAGAAUAAUUAUUUUUCACAUAGGCUUUUUAAAUUGGCUUUGAUGGAACUUUGUUCCAUAGAAGGCAUCUCAAAUCAGCCUUUGUUUUUUGUUUUGGGGGUUUUUUGGUUUUUUUUUUUGAGUUGGAGUCUCGCUCUGUCACCCAGGCUGGAGUGCAAUGGCGCAAUCUCAGCUCACUGCAACCUCUGCCUCCUGGGUUCAAGUGAUUCUCCUGCCUCAAGCUGCCCAGCCAUGUUUUGUACCAUCAAACACCUAUGAGUUGGGUGAAUUCUUCUCCCCUUGAAGUUCCAAGAUAACUUGGGGCCCUGGGCCUGUCACAAAGUGACAUUCUUUAUUUACCACAGGUCAGGAACCCUGUGCAGGGACUGUGUAGACAAGGUAUAAGGCCAGUUUUCCCAAAAAUCUUUUAUUGGCUCUAUAGGGCAAGUUUGAUUCUUUAAAGGAAAGCAUGUCAUUCCAGUCACAGCCUUGGUAAAAUAACCAGUUUCUCCAAUUGUGUCCUGUUACAAAUGAAAACAAAUUCUUAUUGCACUUACAUAAAUAACUAUACUGCCAUAAAUUAAGAAUAUUCAGAAAUAGUUUCCAAAUUCUGGAGAAAUAAGGUAGAGAGAAACAAAUAUGCUCCAAAUUUUGUUCAUAGGAGUAUACUUAUUUGUAAAAAGCUGUCAAUAGCUCAAAAGAAAAGUUUCCUUGACUCUGAAAAACAAAACAAAGGAUCAGCAACAUUUUUUUUAAUUUUUUUUUUCUUUAUAAUACUUUAAGUUCUGGAUACAUGUGCAGAAUGUGCAGGUUUGUUGCAUAGGUAUACACACGCCAUGGUUGUUUGCUGCACUUAUCAACCGGUCAUCUACAUUAGGUAUUUCUCCUAAUGCUAUCCCUCCCCUAGCCUUCCACCCCUCAACAGGCCCCAGUGUGUGGUGUUCCCCUCCCUGUGUCCAUAUGUUCUCAUUGUUCAAUUCCAACUUACUAGUGAGAACACGUGAUAUUUGGUUUUCUGUUCCUUUGUUAGUUUGCUAAGAAUGAUGGUUUCCAUCUUCAUCCAUGUCCCUGCAAAGAACAUGAACUCAUCCUUUUUGUGGCUGCAUAGUAUUCCAUGGUGUGUAUGUGCCACAUUUUUUUAAUCCAGUCUAUCAUUGAUGGGCAUUUGGGUUGAUUCCAAGUCUUUGCUAUUGUGAACAGUGCUGCAAUAAACAUAUGUGUGCAUGUGUCUUUAUGGUAGAAUGAUUAUAAUUCUUUGGGUAUAUACCCAGUAAUGGGAUUGCAGGGUCAAAUGGUAUUUCUGCUUCUAGAUCCUUGAGGAAUCACCACACUGUCUUCCACAAUGGUUGAACUAAUUUACACUCCACCAACAGUGUAAAAGUGUUCGUAUUUCUCCACAUCCUCACCAGCAUCUGUUGUUUCCUGUCUUUUUAAUGAUCGCCAUUCUAACUGGUGUGAGAUGGUAUCUCAUUGUGGUUUUGAUUUGCCAUUUCUCUAAUGACCAGCAAUUAUGAGCUUUUUUUCAUAUGUUUGUUGGCCACAUAAAUGUCUUCUUUUGAGAAAUGUCUGUUCAUAUACUUCACCCACUUUUUGAUUGGGUUUUUUUUUUCUUGUAAAUCUGUUUAACUUCCUUGUAGAUUGUGGAUAUUAGCCCUUUGUCAGAUGGAUAGAUUGCAAAAGUUUUCUCCCAUUCUGUACGUUGCCUGUUUGCUCUGAUGAUAGUUUCUUUUGCUGUGCAAAGCUCUUUGUUUUAAUUAGAGCUUUGCCAAUUUUGGUUUUGUUGCCAUUGCUUUUGGUGUUUUAGACAUGAAAUCUUUGCCCAUGCCUAUGCCCUGAAUGCUAUUGCCUAGUUUUCUUCUAGGGUUUUUAUGAUUUUAGGUCUUAUGUUUACGUCUUUAAUCCAUCUUCAGUUAAUUUUUGUACAAGGAAGUGGUCCAGUUUCAGUUUUCUGCAUAUGGCUAGCAAGUUUUCCCAACACCAUUUAUUACAUAGGGAAUCCUUUCCUCAUUGCUUGUUUUUGUUUUUGUCAGGUUUGUCAAAGAUCAGAUGGUUGUAGAUGUGUGGCAUUAUUUCUGAGGCCUCUGUUCUGUUCCAUUGGUCUAUAUAUCUGUUUUGGUACCAGUACCAUGCUGUUUUGGUUACUGUAGCCUAUAUUGUAAUAUAGUUUGAAGUCAGCUAGUGUGAUGCCUCCAGCUUUGUUCUUUUUGCUUAGGAUUGUCUUGGCUAUACGGGCCCUUUUUUGGUUCCAUGUGAAAUUUAAUGUAGUUUUUAGUAAUUCUGUGAAGAAAGUCAAUGGUAGCUUGAUGGGAAUAGCAUUGAAUCUAUAAAUUACUUUGGGAAGUAUGGCCAUUUUCAUGAUAUUGAUUCUUCCUAUCCAUGAGCAUGGAAUGCUUUUCCAUUUGUUUGUGUCCUCUCUUAUUUCCUUGAGCAGUGGUUUGUAGUUCUCCUUGAAGAGGUCCUUCACAUCCCUUGUAAGUUGGAUUCCUAGGUAUUUUAUUCUCUUUGUAGCAAUUGUGAAUGGGAGUUCACUCAUGAUUUGGCUCACUGUUUAUCUAUUAUUGGUGUAUAGGAAUGCUUGUGAUUUUUGCACAUUGAUUUUGUAUACUGAGACUUUGCUAAAGUUGCUUAUCAGUUUAAGGAGACUUUGGGCUGAGACGAUGGGGUUUUCUAAAUAUACAAUCAUGUCAUCUGCAAACAGAGACAAUUUGACUUCCUCUAUUCCUAUUUGAACAUCCUUUAUUCCUUUCUCUUUCCUGAUUGCUCUGGCCAGAACUUCCAAUACUACGUUGAAUAGGAGUGGUGAGAGAGGGCAUCCUUGUCUUGUGCCAGUUUUCAAAGCAAAUGCUUCCAGCUUUCACCUAUUCUAUAUGAUAUUGGCUGUGGGUUUGUAAUAAAUAGCUCUUAUUAGUUUGAGAUAUAUUCCAUCAAUACUUAGCUUAUUGAGGUUUUUAGUAUGAAUGGGUGUUGAAUUUUAUCAAAGGCCUUUUCUGUAUCUAUUGAGAUAAUCAUGUGGUUUUUGUCAUUGCUUCUGUUUAUGUGAUGGAUUACAUUUAUUGAUUUGCAUAUAUUGAACUAGCCUUGCAUCUCAGGGAUGAAGUUGACUUGAUCAUGGUGGAUAAGCUUUUUGAUGUGCUGCUGGAUUUGUUUUGCAUUUUAUCAAGGAUUUUCGCAUCAGUGUUCAUCAGGGAUAUUGGCCUGAAAUUUUCUUUUUUUGUUGUGUCUCUGCCAGGUUUUGGUAUCAGGAUGAUGCUGGCCUCAUAAAAUGAGUCAGGAAGUAUUCCCUCUUUUUCUAUUGAUUGGAAUAGUUACAGAAGGAAUGGUACCAGCUCCUCUUUGUACCUCUGGUAGAAUUUGGCUGUGAAUCUGUCUGGUCCUGGACUUUUUUUGGUUGCUAGGCUAUUAAUUACUGCCUCAAUUUCAGAAAUUGUUAUUGGUCUAUUCAGGGAUUCAACUUCUUUCUGGUUUAGUCUUGGGAGGGUGUUUCUGUCCAGGAAUUCAUCCAGUUCUUCUAGAUUUUCUAGUUUAUUUGCGUAGAGGUGUUUAUAGUAUUCUCUGAUGGUAGUUUGUAUUUCUGUGGGAUCAGUGGUGGUAUCCCCUUUAUCUCUUUUUUAUUGUGUCUAUUUGAUUCUUCUCUGUUUUCUUCAUUUUAGUCUGGCUAGUGGUCUAUUUUGUUAAUCUUUUCAAAAAAACAGGUCCUGGAUUCAUUGAUUCUUUAAAGGGAUUUUUGUAUCUCUAUCUCCUUCAUUUCUCCUCUGAUCUUAAGUAUUUCUUGUCUUCUGCUAGCUCUUGAAUUCGUUUGCUCUUGCUUCUCUAGUUCUUUGAAUUGUGAUGUUCGGUGUCAAUUUUAGAUCUUUCCCACUUUCCCCUGUGGGCAUUUAGUGCUAUACAUUUCCUUUUAAACGCUGCUUUAGCUGUGUCUCAGAGUUUCUGGUAUGUUGUGUCUUUGUUCUCAUUGGUUUCAGAGAAGUUAUUUAUUUCGGCCUUAAUUUUGUUAUUCACCCAGUAGUCAUUCAGAAGCAGGUUGUUUAAUUUCCAUGUAGUUGUGUGGUUUUGAGUCAAUUUCUUAAUCUUGAGUUCUAAUUUGAUUGCACUUUGGUCUGAGAGACUUUUUGUUAUGAUCUCCGUUCUUCUGCAUUUGCUGAGGAGUGUUUUACUUCCAAUUAUGUGGUCAAUUUUAGAAUAAGUGUGAUGUGGUACUGAGAAGAAUGGCUGUUGAUUUGGGUUAGAGAGUUCUGUAGAUGUCUAUUAGGUCUGCUUGGUUCAGAGCUGAGUUCAAGCCCUGAAUUUCCUUGUUAAUUUUCUGAUUCAUUGAUCUGUCUAAUACUGAGAGUGGGGUGUUUAAGUCUCCCAUUAUUAUUGUGUGGGAGUCUAAGUCUCUUUGUAGGUCUCUAAAAACUUGCUUUAUGAAUCUGAGUGCUCCUGUAUUGGGUGCAUAUAUAGUUAGGAUAGUUAGCUCUUCUUCUUUCAUUGAUCCCUUUACCAUUACUUAAUGCCCUUCUUUGUCUUUUUUGAUCUUUGUUGGUUUAAAGUUGUUUUAUCAGAGACUGGGAUUGCAACACAUGCUUUUUUUUUUCUUUCCAUUUGCUUGGUAAAUAUUCCUCCAAUCCUUUAUUUUGAGCCUAUGUGUGUCUUUGCAUGUGAGAUGGGUCUCCUGAAUACAGCACACCUAUAUGUCUUAACUCUUUAUCCAAUUUGCCAGUCUGUGUCUUCUAAUUGGGGCAUUUAGUCCAUUUACAUUUAAGGCUAAUAUUGUUAUGUGUAAAUUUGAUACUGUCAUUAUAAUGCUAGAUGGUUAUUUUGCCUUUUAGUUGAUAUGGUUUCUCCUUACUGUCAACGGUCUUUACAAUUUGGUAUGUUUUUGCAGUGACUGGUACCAGUUUUUCCUUUCCAUAUUUAGUGCUUCCUUCAGGAACUCUUGUAAAGCAGGCCUGGUGUUGACAACAUCUCUCAGCAUUUGCUUGUAUGUAAAGGAUUGCAUUUCUCCUUCACUUAUGAAGCUUAGUUUGGCUGGAUAUGAAAUUCUGGGUUGAAAAUUCUUUUCUUUAAGAAUGCUGAAUAUUGGCCCCCACUCUCUUCUGGCUUGUAGGGAUUCUGCGGAGAGUUCUGCUUUUAGUCUAAUUGGCUUCCCUUUGUGGGUAACCUGACCUUUCUCUCUGGCUGCCCUUAACAUUUUUUCCUUCAUUUCAACCUUGGCGAACCUGAUGUAUGUGUCUUGGGGUCACUCUUCUCAAGGAGUAUCUUUGUGAUGUUCUCUGUAUUUCUUGAAUUUGAAUGUUGGCCUGUCUUGCUGGUUUGGGGAAGGUCAGAUAAUAUCCUGAAGAGUGUUUUCCAACUUGGUUCCAUUCUCCCUGUCACUUUUAGGUACACCAAUAUAAUGUAGAUUUUGCUGUUUUCACAUAAUCCCAUAUUUCUUGGAGGCUUUGUUCCUUCUUUUUCAUUCUUUUUUUCUCUAAUCUUGUCUUCAUGCUUUAUUUCAUUAAGCUGACCUUCAAUCUGUCAUAUCCCUUCUUCCACUGGAUUGAUUCAGCUAUUGAUACUUGUGUGUGCUUCACGAAGUUCUCAUGGUCUGUUUUUCAGUUCCAUCAGGUCAUUUGUGUUCUUCUCUACACUGCUUAUUCUAGUUAGCCAUUUCUCUAACCUUUUUUCAAGGUUCUUAGCUUCCUUGCAUUGGGUUAGAAUAUGCCCCUUUAGCUCAAAGGAGUUAGUUAUUACCCACCUUCUGAAACCUACUUCUGUCAAUUCAUCAAACUCAUUCUUCCUCUCAUUUUCUUCCCUUGCUGUUGAAGAUUUGUGAUCCUUUGGAGGAGAAGAGGCAUUUUGGUUUUUGGAAUUUCCAGCAUUUUUAUACUGGUUUCUCUCAUCUUCAUGGAUUUAUUUACCUUUGGUCUUUGACGUUGGUGACCUUCAGUUGGGGUUUUUGUGUUGACGUCCUUUUUGUUGAUGUUGAUGCUAUUCCUAUCUGUUUGUUAGUUUUCCUUCUGACAGUCAGGCCCCUCUGCUGUAGGUCUGCUGGAAUUUACUGAAGGUCCACUCCAGACCAUGUUUGCCUGGAUAUCACCAGCGGAGGCUACAGAACAGCAAAGAUUGCUGCCUUCUCCUUCCUCUGGAAGCUUUGUCCCAGAGGGGCACCUGCCAGAUGCCAGCUGGAGCUCUCCUGUAUGAGGUAUCUGUCAACCACUGCUGGGAGGUGUCUCCCAGUCAGGAGGCACAGGGAUCAGGGACCCACUUGAGGAGGUAGUCUGCAGUCUGUCCCUUAAGAGAGUUCUAGCGCUGUUCUGGGAGAUCUGCUCCUCUCUUCAGAGAUGGCAGGGAGGAACGCUUAAGUCUGCUGAAGCUGUGCCCCCAGCCAUCUUUCCCCCAGGUGCUCUAUCCCAGGGAGAUGGGAGUUUUAUUUAUAAGACCCUGACUGGGGCUGCUAUCUUUCUUUCAGAGAUGCCCUGCCCAGAAAGGAGAAAUCUAGAGAGGCAGUGUGGCUACAGCAGCUUUGUCGAGCUGCAGUGGGCUCCAUCCAAUUUGAACUUCCUGGUGGCUUUGUUUACACUGUGAGGGGAAAACAAGCUUCAGUAAUGGCAGACACAGCUCUCCCCACCAAGCUCUAGCAUCACAGGUCGACUUCAGAUUGCUGUGCUUGCAGCGAGAAUUUCAAGCCAGUGGAUCUUAGCUUGCUGGGUUCCAUGGGUGUAGGAGAUCAGUCAGAGUGGUGGGAGAAACAAUAGGGAAAGGAGCAGAAAGGUCAGAAGGCUCUGCAAAGCUCCAGGGGAGAAUAGCUGAAGGCAGCUGUUCUAUAUCCCUGAGGCAGAGGGCAAGGAGUAGGUACAAGUGAGUGUAGGGGAAUUUAUCUUAAACAGGCUUGUUUACUUAUAUUGACCAGGAACUGACCUUUGAUCAUCCAUGCGUAUGACAUUUCCUGAAAGGGGAACAAUAAAUGUUAGUCACCUUCAGGUUGUGUUUGCUCCAGGUUUUCAGCAUUGUGCCUGCACUGAAUAAAAGCAAGCAGCUCCAGCUUCUCAGGGCUGCUGCACUUUGGCCACUAAAGCCAGGCAGACCCCUAGCUGCUCUUACACUGCAUACCUGUGUCUGAGUACCCCUUACAUCCAUUGCUCAGCCAGGGUCUGCAGAACAGACCUGGCACAUGGGGGUGGGAUCCGCUGAGCUAGACCACUUGGCUCCCUGGCUUCAGCCCCCUUUUCAGGGGAGUGAACAGUUCUGUCUUGCUGGUGUUCCAGGCACCACUAGGGUAUUAAAAAAAAACUCCUGCAGCUAACUCAUUGUCUACCCAAACGGCCACCCAGUUUUGUGCUUGAAACCCUGGGCUCUUGUGGUGUAGGCCUCCAAGGGAAUCUCCUGGUCUGCAGCUUGUGAAGACCAUGGGAAAAGUGUAGUAUGUGGGCCAGAAUGCACCGUUCCUCAUGGCGCAGUACCUCACAGCUUCCCUUGACUACAGGAGGGAGUUCCCCAACCUCUUGUGUUUCCUGGGUGAGGAGAUUUCCCACCCUGCUUCAGCUCACCCUCCAUGGGCUGCACCCACUGUCUAACCAGUCCCAAUGAGAUGAGCCAGGUACCUCAGUUGGAAAUGCAGAAAUCACCCGCCUUUUGCAUUGAUCUCACUGGGAGCUGCAGAUCGGAGCUGUUCCUAUUUGGCCAUCUUGCCAACCACCUCUAGUGCAUUUGUUAUUUCUCUAAUUGUGUUCUUCAUUUCCAGAAAUUGUGAUUGUUUUUUAUGUAUGCUAUCUAUUUCACUGAGGAAUUUUCCUUUCAUAUCCUGUAUCAUGUUUGUUAUUUCUUUAAGUUAGAAUUCACCUUUCUCUAGUGCCUUUUUGAUUCACUUAAUAAUAAACCUUCUGAAUUAUUUUCCUGGCAAUUCAGAGAUUUUGUCUUGGUUUGGAUCUAUUGUUGGUGAGCUGAUGUGGUAUUUUGGGGGUGUUGAAUAACCUUGUUUUUUCAUAUUACCAGAAUUGUUUUUCUGGUUCCUUCUCAUUUGGGUGACUGUGUCAGAGGGAAGAUCUGGGACUCAAGGGCUUCUAUACAGAUUCUUUUGUCCCACAGGGUGCUCCCUUGAUGUAAUGUUCUCCCACUUCCUCUAGGGAUGGGGCUUCCUGAGCCAAACUGCAGUGAUUGUUUUUUCUCUUCUGGGCCUAGUCAUCUAGCAGAGCUACUGGACUCCAGACUGGUACUGGGAAGUGUCGGCAGAGUCCUGUGAUGUAAUAUAUCUUCAGAUCUUUCAGCUGUGGAUACCAACACCUGCUCCAAUGGAGGUAGUAGGGGAGUGAAGUGGACUCUGUAAGGGUCCUUGGUUAUAUUUCUGUUAAAUGCUCUGGUUUUGUGUUGGUUGGCCUCCAGCCAGGAGGUGGCAUUUUCAAGAGUGCAUUAGCUGUGGUACUACAGGGAGGAAGCAAACUUGACCUAGGGUCAUCUAGUUAUAUAUUCAUGUUUCUGAGGCAGUGGGCAGAAUAUGUCUUUUGUCUUUGCAACCAGGGCAGGUAAAGAAAGACCACCAGGUUGGGGCAGGGAUAGGUUUGUCUGAGCUCAGACUCUUAUUGGGUGGGGCUUGCUGCAGUUGCUGUUGGGGGCAGGGGUGUGGUUCCCAGGCCAAUGGAGUUAUGUUCCCAGGGGGAUUAUGGCUGUCUCCACUGAGUGACACAGGACACCAGGGAAGUGGGGAAAAGCCAGUAGUCACAGGCCUCACCCCGUUUCCACACAACUUGCAGUCCUAAAGGCCAGUCUCACUCCCACUGUGCCCCUGCCAACAACAUCAAGUCGGUGACCAGGGCUGAGAACUUGCCUCUGACUAUCAGCCUCCCUGCUGAGAAAGCAAGCAGACUCAUGGCUUUUUUUUGGCAUCUCAGAGAAACUGCAGUGGCGAUACAGUUCCUUCAAAGGGUCUGUGAAUUCUCUUGGCUUUCCUGGUAUGUUGCUGCAGUAAUUCUUGAAGCAAAAGUUCACGAUGUGAGUCUACACAUGCUGUCCUGUCUGUCCCAGUAGGAGCUGCAAGCUAGUCCUGCCUCCUCACCCUCACAGAACCACCAGAAUAAUGUUUGACCAAAUAUCUAGGCACUCUGUGGCCCAGUCAAGUUGACCCAUAAAAUUAACCAUCACACUGGUCCCGAUGCAAAGUGGAACCCAGGUUUUGGAGUUCAGGCCCAGGGUCCCCUUACGAGGAGGGCUCCUGAGGGUGAGUGUAGUGGUCAUAUCUAGGCUGUCCUUCAUAGCCACUUUCUUUCUUCCUAAACCUCAAGAUUUAAGAGCACUGGCCUGAAACCUGGAUUCAAAUAUCUGCCAUGUAUUAGUUAUGCAAACUUUAGCCAUAUUAUUUAAUCUCUAUGCCUCAGUUUCUUCACCUUUAAAAUUGAGUUAAAAAUAAUCUCUACCUCAGGAGAUUGUUGUGAAGAGUAAUUAAGUUAAUAUGAAACAUUUAGAACAAUGCCUGGUACAUGGUAAGUGCCAAUAAAUAUUUUAAAAUAAAUGUUUUUGAAUGUUUUCAUCUAAAACCAGUGUGAAUCAAUUGUGGGAUGUGGAAACCAAAAGCUAAUUGAGCACACACAAGAAAUAUCAGUACUUGCUGUUAGUUUUUAAAUUAUCAGCUAUUUUUGUUUAUCUCACUCAGGCAGUUUUCUACCUGGCCCUGACACUGACCUUAGAAAAGAUAAAUCUUUACAAUGUGACCAUCAGGUCUGCUGCAGCCCUGGUCUGCUCUGCAAUAAAUGCAUUUAGUAUUUAUUGGGGUGCUCAAAGAAGUCCUAUCCCUGAAAGACAUUCUUUACACACUUUAGGAAAACAGAAAUGGACAGUAACUCCACCCUUAAAGGCCAGUGAAAUACUGACCUAGAGUAUCUCCAACCUGGCGCUCUACAAGGCUGGGACUGCAAUGUAAACUCAUAUUCCCAAGGGAUCAAUUAAGCCAGACUCCCACAGUUUGUCUAUAACAAGACAAUGGGGCUUUCUGUGCCCUCAAAACUCUCAAGUGAGGAAAAAUUGUUAAGCCUUCAGAUUUUAACCAAGCAGACCAGAAGGUGGUAUAUAGCCAUAGCUUAUUAAAAAGCAUUUCAGAAAGAAAAGGCCAUGCUGUAAUUUCAGAUCUGAGAAAUGAAACUGAAACCAAACCUACAUUCUUCCUUCCCCAACCUCCCAGUUGUUAAACACGGCCUGCUGUUUCUGAGCCAAUUAGAGCUUGCUGUGAGACAGAAGCAGAGAAUACAUAGACUUCCGUUAAAACCAGAAUGAGGAAAAUACUUUUCUCUAGCAUCGUAGGAGGAAGAAAACAAACACAUCAGAUAUUUUCAGCACCAAAAAGGAUGGUUUUCCCCACAUAUAUGUAAAAGAAAUUUGCAAGACUACUGGGUAUCAGAAUGGCAAAGCAACUGAACCUUCCAGAAAAUACAGAUGAUUGGACAAAAGAGGAAGUAAAUCAGUGGUUAGAAAGUCAUAAGAUUGACCAAAAACACAGGGAAAUUUUGACUGGACAAGAUGUGAAUGGAGCAGUCUUGAAGUGGUUAAAAAAAGAACAUCUUGUUGAUAUGGGCAUCACACAUGGACCAGCUAUUCAAAUAGAAGAACUAUUCAAAGAACUGCGGAAAACAGCCAUUGAAGAUUCAAUUCAGACAUCUAAGAUGGAAAAGCCCAGUAAAAAUGCUCCUAAAGACCAAACUGUAUCUCAAAAGGAACGUAGAGAAACUUCAAAGCAAAAACAAAAGGAUAAAGAGAACCCAGAUAUGGCUAAUCUAUCUACAAUGAGUACAAUUGCUAAAGGUUCUAAGUCACUAAAAGUUGAGCUCAUAGAAGAUAAAAUAGAUUAUACAAAGGAAAGGCAACCAUCCAUAGACCUGACAUGUGUAUCAUACCCAUUUGAUGAAUUCAGUAAUCCAUAUCGUUACAAGUUGCAUUUUAGUCUACAGCCUGAAACAGGACCAGGCAAUCUCAUUGAUCCAAUACAUGAAUUCAAAGCCUUCACAAAUACAGCAACAGCCACAGAAGAGGAUGUCAAGAUGAAAUUUAGCAAUGAGGUUUUCCGAUUUGCUUCGGCUUGUAUGAAUUCACGUACCAAUGGCACUAUUCAUUUUGGAGUCAAAGACAAACCCCAUGGGAAAAUUGUUGGCGUCAAAGUCACCAAUGAUACCAAGGAAGCCCUCAUUAACCAUUUCAAUCUGAUGAUAAACAAGUAUUUUGAAGACCAUCAGGUCCAACAAGCAAAGAAGUGCAUUCGAGAGCCAAGAUUUGUGGAAGUUUUACUGCCAAAUAGUACUCCAUCUGACAGAUUUGUUAUUGAAGUGGACAUUAUUCCACAGUUCUCUGAAUGCCAAUAUGAUUAUUUCCAGAUUAAAAUGCAAAAUUACAACAACAAAACAUGGGAACAAAGUAAAAAAUUCUCACUAUUUGUGCGAGAUGGGCCCAGCUCUAAGGACAUUAUGAAAAAUAAAGUUGAUUUCAGAGCAUUUAAAGCAGAUUUUAAAACACUGGCAGAGUCCAGAAAAGCAGCAGAAGAAAAAUUCAGAGCAAAAACAAAUAAAAAAGAAAGGGAGGGACCAAAGUUGGUUAAAUUAUUGACAGGAAAUCAAGAUUUGUUAGAUAAUUCAUACUAUGAACAAUACAUUCUUGUAACAAAUAAAUGCCACCCAGAUCAAACAAAACACUUAGAUUUCCUGAAGGAAAUUAAAUGGUUUGCUGUAUUGGAGUUUGAUCCUGAGUCUAACAUCAAAGGAGUGGUCAAAGCUUACAAAGAAAGCCGAGUAGCAAACCUUCACUUUCCAAGUGUAUAUGUAGAAGAGAAAACCACACCAAAUGAGAUGAUUUCUACUCUAAAUCUUUACCAUCAACCCAGCUGGAUUUUCUGCAAUGGCAGGUUAGACCUUGACAGUGAAAAAUAUAAACCCUUUGAUCCAAGUUCUUGGCAAAGAGAAAGAGCUUCUGAUGUCAGGAAACUGAUUUCAUUUCUUACACAUGAAGACAUAAUGCCAAGAGGGAAGUUUUUGGUGGUAUUUCUAUUACUGUCCUCUGUGGAUGACCCAAGAGAUCCCCUCAUUGAGACUUUCUGUGCUUUCUACCAGGAUCUCAAAGGAAUGGAAAAUAUACUGUGUAUUUGUGUACAGCCACACAUAUUUCAGAGAUGGAAAGAUCUACUUGAAGCAAGAUUAAUAAAACACCAAGAUGAAAUUUCAAGCCAAUGUAUUUCUGCUUUAAGCCUUGAAGAGAUCAAUGGCACUAUUCUUAAACUAAAAUCUGUGACUCAAUCUUCAAAAAGACUUUUGCCAUCUAUUGGUUUAUCGACUGUCCUUCUGAAAAAGGAAGAAGAUAUCAUGACUGCUCUGGAAAUUAUCUGUGAAAAUGAAUGUGAGGGUACACUGUUAGAGAAGGACAAAAAUAAAUUCCUUGAAUUCAAGGCAUCAAAAGAGGAAGACUUCUAUCGAGGUGGCAAAGUGUCAUGGUGGAACUUCUACUUCUCUUCUGAAAGUUAUUCUUCACCUUUUGUCAAAAGGGAUAAAUAUGAAAGACUUGAAGCAAUGAUUCAAAACUGUGCAGAUUCUUCUAAACCAACAAGUACCAAAAUUAUUCAUCUGUAUCAUCAUCCAGGCUGUGGGGGAACUACCUUGGCUAUGCACAUUCUCUGGGAACUAAGGAAGAAAUUCAGAUGUGCUGUGCUGAAAAACAAGACAGCGGAUUUUUCUGAAAUUGGAGAACAGGUAACCAGUUUAAUCACUUAUGGGGCAAUGAACCGUCAGGAAUACAUACCUGUACUGCUCCUUGUUGAUGAUUUUGAAGAACAAGAUAACGUCUAUCUUCUGCAGUACUCUAUUCAAACAGCUAUAGCUAAAAAGUACAUUCGAUAUGAAAAACCUCUGGUGAUUAUCCUAAAUUGUAUGAGAUCACAAAAUCCCGAAAAAAGUGCAAGGAUCCCAGACAGUAUUGCCGUAAUACAGCAACUCUCUCCCAAAGAACAGAGAGCUUUUGAGCUUAAAUUGAAAGAAAUCAAAGAACAGCAUAAAAACUUUGAGGAUUUUUAUUCCUUUAUGAUCAUGAAAACCAAUUUUAAUAAAGAAUACAUAGAAAAUGUGGUCCGGAAUAUCCUGAAAGGGCAGAAUAUUUUCACCAAGGAAGCAAAGCUCUUUUCUUUUCUGGCUCUUCUUAAUUCAUAUGUGCCUGAUACCACCAUUUCACUAUCACAGUGUGAAAAAUUCUUAGGAAUUGGAAACAAGAAGGCUUUCUGGGGGACAGAAAAAUUUGAAGACAAGAUGGGCACCUACUCUACAAUUCUGAUAAAAACAGAGGUCAUCGAAUGUGGGAACUACUGUGGAGUACGCAUCAUUCACUCUUUGAUUGCAAAGUUCUCACUGGAAGAAUUGAAGAAAAGCUAUCACCUGAAUAAAAGUCAAAUUAUGUUGGAUAUGCUAACUGAGAAUUUGUUCUUCGAUACUGGUAUGGGAAAAAGCAAAUUUUUGCAAGAUAUGCACACACUCCUACUCACAAGACACCGUGAUGAACAUGAAGGUGAAACAGGAAAUUGGUUUUCCCCAUUUAUUGAAGCAUUACAUAAAGAUGAAGGAAAUGAAGCAGUUGAAGCUGUAUUGCUUGAAGGUAUCCAUCGGUUCAACCCAAAUGCAUUCAUUUGCCAAGCGUUGGCAAGACAUUUCUACAUUAAAAAGAAGGACUUUGGCAAUGCUCUAAACUGGGCAAAACAAGCAAAAAUCAUAGAACCUGACAAUUCUUAUAUCUCAGAUACACUGGGUCAAGUCUACAAAAGUAAAAUGAGAUGGUGGAUAGAGGAAAACGAAAGAAACGGGAACAUUUCAGUUGAUGAUCUAAUUGCUCUUUUGAAUUUAGCAGAACAUGCCUCAAGUGCAUUUAAAGAAUCCCAACAGCAAAGUGAAGAUAGAGAGUAUGAAGUGAAGGAAAGAUUGUAUCCGAAGUCAAAAAGGAGGUAUGAUACUUACAAUAUAGCUGGUUAUCAAGGAGAGAUAGAAGUUGGGCUUUACACAAUCCAAAUUCUCCAGCUCAUUCCUUUUUUUGAUAAAAAAAAUGAGCUAUCUAAAAGAGAUAUGGUCAAUUUUAUAUCAGGAAGUAGUGAUAUUCCAGGGGAUCCAAACAAUGAAUAUAAAUUAGCCCUCAAAAACUAUAUUCCUUAUUUAACUAAAUUGAAAUUUUCUUUGAAAAAGUCCUUUGAUUUUUUUGAUGAAUACUUUGUCCUGCUAAAACCCAGGAACAAUAUUAAGCAAAAUGAAGAGGCCAAAACUCGGAGAAAGGUGGCUGGAUAUUUUAAGAAAUAUAUAGAUAUAUUUUGUGUCUUAGAAGAAUCACAAAACAAAGAUCUUGGAUCAAAGUUCAGUGAGCCACUUCAAGUAGAGAGAUGCAGGAGUAGCCUAGUAGCUUUAAAAGCAGACAAGUUUUCUGGGCUCUUGGAAUAUCUUAUCAAAAGUCAAGCGGAUGCUAUAAGCACUAUGGAAUAUAUAGUGGACAAAUAUACUUUUCUCUUAGAACAAUGCACUGUCAAAAUCCAGUCAAAAGAAAAGCUAAAUUUCAUCUUGGCCAACAUUAUUCUCUCCUGUAUCAAACCUACCUCUAGAUUAGUAAAGCCAGUUGAAAAACUAAAAGAUCAGCUUCGAGAAGUCUUGCAACCAAUAGGACUGACUUACCGGUUUUCAGAACCUUAUUUUCUAGCUUCCCUCUUAUUCUGGCCAGAAAAUCAACAACUAGAUCAACAUUCUGGACAAAUGAAAGAGUAUGCUCAAGCACUGGAAAAUUCUUUCAAGGGGCAAUAUAAACAUAUGCAUCGUACAAAGCAACCAAUUGCAUAUUUCUUUCUUGGAAAAGGUAAAAGACUGAAAAGACUUGUUCACAAAGGAAAAAUUGACCAGUGCUUUGAAAAGACAUCAGAUAUUAAUUCCUUGUGGCAGAGUGGAGAUGUGUGGAAGGAGGAAAAAGUCCAAGAACUUUUGCUUCGUUUACAAGGUCGAGCUGAAAAUAAUUGUUUAUAUAUAGAAUAUGGAAUCAAUGAAAAAAUCACAAUACCCAUCACUCCUGCUUUUUUAGGUCAACUUAGAAGUGGCAGAAGCAUAGAGAAGGUGUCUUUUUACCUGGGAUUUUCCAUUGGAGGCCCACUUGCUUAUGACAUUGAAAUUGUUUAAGAGCCAAAUUCUUCCUCCAAGGAUUUGGUCUCAGUACCCACUUAAUUUUUUUAGACUCAAGAUCUAUGCUUUAAACUGGCAAGGUUAUAGAUACAGCCUCUAGCUCUUCUGACCUGUACAUGCAGUAUUUAAUUUCCUCUUAAACAUGUUAUGAGUCCUACAAAGACAAUAGUGAAAAACGAAGGAGUGAGAUAUAUGAAAAGUAGCAAAUAUAUUCCUUGGUUUGGAUAACAUCAUUGAUGACAAAAUAAUGAGCUAUGACUGGAGUCUGGAGAAGUUAGUGUAAUCAGCUGGCUACACAGAACCCCACUACUUACCAGGCAUGGAUUGAAGAAGAUUGUCUACUCAAAUGGCAUUUAGACAUUAGAAUGUCUGGGAAAAUAUUUCUCAAAGAGAGCAAAAACCUCUCAAACUGAGGAGCAACAUUUAUUCUUACUAAGCAGAUCAUCAAUGUGUCAUGUGCUUGGCACUCAAGGAUCUUCCAAAACAGAGGACCAACCAAUCUUCUGAAGGUCAUGCCCACAGAAGUCAUCAGACCUUACCAAAGUAGGCUGGAGAAUUAGAUUGCCUUUUCAUGCAGUGAGAGUCAGUUAAGCAAAAAUGAAAUUUGUCUCUAUGGCUACUUAGCUUAUCAACUCCCCUCCAAACAUACAAUUAAAAACACACACACACACACACACACAAAAAAAAAAAAAAAAAACCACACACACACACUCAAA